AUGCUUAGCUACUACACAUUACCUUCUGACUCGUAUGUCAACUCAAGGGAUUCAUUCAGAAGUUCACGUUACUCCAGUAGAUCUAGAAAUGCACCUGUUAGAGUCUACUGUGCCUCCGAGGUUCCUGUUAGAUACGUCUAUGACUCUGAGUUAACUGACUACGAUAUUGGUCUUAGAAGAGAAAGGGAAUACCGUAGACUUCAAAGACAUUAUGAAGCCGAAAGAAAAAGAGCAUAUGCUAGAGAGGCUCAAAGGCAACGGGAGUAUGCCAUUGCUGAAUUUCAAAGAAACUUGCUUGCUCAAGAAGAAGCUGAAAGACGGCGUGAAUAUGCUAGACAAUUGAGCAUACACAGACAGCGUGAAGUCGCUAUGUAUUUGCAACAGAGAGAAGUUGAAAGAGAAGCACAAAUUCAAGCUGAAAUUCAAGCAUAUGUGUUACAUCAAAGAGAUGUAGAAAGACAAAAGGAAGUUGAAAGACAAAAGGAAGUUGAAAGACAAAAGCUUGCCAGACAAAGAGAAGCUGCAAGACAAAGAGAAGUUGCGAAAAGAAGUGAAACUGAACAAAGACAUCUUGCUAGACAAAGGGAGAUUGCUAGGCAGUUUGAAGCCGAAGUUCAUGCUGGUGUUUUGAGACAGAUUGCUUCUGAAGCUGCUAAAAAGGAGGCUGCUAGAAACGAAGCCGAGAGAAAGGCUGCUGGUGCUGGUGCUGCUGAAGGAAAUGACAGCAAGAAAGCAUUUAUCCGUCAUGUUAACUCUGUAACCAAAGUUGAUCAAUUUGAAACUCCUCUGACUUAUGAGAUUCGGGUUCAUAAGCCAUACGGUUCAUUCCAAUCUUACGAGCUUCGUAUGGCUAAAGAAGAAGACUCUUAUGUUUUGAAGGUAUACUCUAAUUCCGACGAUUUUGAGAAGUCUUUUGGAUAUGACUCUAAAACUGUUGAUGGGGAAUCUGUUGCGUACGAGCUCAACAGGGAAGAGGGGGUUUUAAAAGUUAGUAUCCCAAAGAAGACUAUUGAUGAAGCCGAGAAAGAAGAUGGAAAACUUGUCGAUGCUUCUGAAAGCAAAGAGACCGGUGAAGAAACUGCUCAGGAAGAAAAUAAUGUUGAAGCUCAGAAGGAUGAACCCUCACCUGAACAAGAGGAAGAGAAGGUUAUUCCUGAAUGGUUUUCAGAUGUAGAGGCUGCACACUCCGACGUUUCUACACCUAGUGACAGCGAAGCAGAAUCUGACGAUGAAUCUACCAAGUCAAAUUUGUCAAAAACCAUCCUGCCUUCAAUAGAAGAAGUAGAAGACGAAGAAUUUGUACUUUUACGUAAAGAAGCUGAAGAGGCAAAGCAAUUGAAUGAAUAA